AUGGCAUCCCCUCGCCCUGCCUCUCCUCUCACCUCCGGCGCCGAGUCAGGCCCUGACGCCAAGUCCCCUGGCUCCGGCUCCGGUGCUGCCGCCACUGGCUCAUCCGUCGGCCACCACAAGGAGUCCCUGCGGAAUGUUCGCCCCAGCUCGACUCGCUCCGCUGGCGCGGGUGGUUCGUCCGGCACGAUGCUGAAGCUGUACACCGAUGAGAGCCCCGGUCUGCGCGUCGACCCCGUUGUCGUCCUGGUGCUGAGCCUGGGUUUCAUUUUCUCUGUCGUUGGCCUGCACGUCAUUGCCAAGAUCACCCGCAAGUUCUCCUCGUGA